AGAUUCUUUCCCUUAUUCGUCUUUUCCAUUUUCCGAUUCAUUUUCCUUUACACUGCUGGGAGACGUAUCUACUCUUAUAUAUAUAUAUAUAUAUAUAUAUAUACACACACACGUAUAUAUCGUUUUAAUUAGAAGAAAACCAAGAAGAUGGUGACGAUGAAGAGUCGUGUUAAUGCAUCGCUCGUGUUCAUUCUGAUAGUAAUAUUCCCAUGCGCUUCCGUCCUCUCUGCUUCCGCUGAUUUCGAUUUCUUCUACUUCGUCCAACAGUGGCCAGGGUCAUACUGUGAUACAAAGAAGAGCUGUUGCUACCCAACAACAGGGAAACCGGCUGCAGAUUUCGGAAUUCAUGGGCUCUGGCCUAAUUACGAGGAUGGCACUUACCCCUCCAACUGUGACGACAACAGCCCUUUUGACAAGUCAACGAUCUCUGACCUAAUCAGCAACAUGAGGAAGUCGUGGCCUACGCUUGCGUGCCCGAGCGGAACAGGCGAAGCGUUUUGGGAACACGAGUGGGAGAAACACGGCACAUGUUCCGAAUCGGUCCUCGACCAGCACGAUUACUUCAAAACCACUCUCGGCUUGAAGCAGCAAACCAACAUCCUCCAAGCCUUGAAAACCGCCGGGAUAAAUCCGGAUGGAGGGUCGUACAGUUUGGAGAGUAUCAAAGAUGCGAUCAAAGAGGGAACGGGAUUCGAUCCAUGGAUAGAGUGCAAUACCGAUGAAUCGGGGAACACUCAACUGUACCAAGUCUACUUGUGCGUAGACCGGUCUGGUUCGAAAUUGAUCGAGUGCCCGGUUAAGCCUCGUGGCCGCAAAUGUGGAUCCGAGAUCGAAUUUCCUUCGUUCUAAUUAUCAUCAUUUAAUUAUUGCAGAUCUCGAGAGGCGAAGACACUUAAUAAAUUAUACAGCGACGUGUAUAAUUACGGAGUGAUAUUAUAAUACAGGUUUAAUUAAGUGAAAUUAUACGUACAGCAACGCGUACGUAAUAAAGAAUACAGCAGUGGUUGUACUGUAAUUUUCAUUUGUUUA